AUGAAAAGAACAGCCAACACAGAUCCCACCGGGGACAUCUCACAACCUGCGACGAAACGUGUCGCCCGCUCACCGUCCUCAUCCACAUCAGGCGCCACACCUGCCGCGUUGCAUGCCGAACAAAGACCUAUACGGACGCGCAGCCAGUCCGGGGCUGAGCAGACUGCCCAUCCCAGCCUCGAUACAGCCGUGACGGAGGAAAGCGAUCAUGCAUGGGAGAGCUCAGGACAGCGGAGCGCUGCACAAUCGGAGACCACUGCGGCUGGAGGGCAAGCAGCUAGCACGAGCACGCGCAGAGUGGCAGAGGCUGCGGCGGAUACUGUUUCAACGUUGCCAGCCGGCAGGGUAUUUCCCGUUCAGAUAGGGUCUGAGUUGUUCAAGCUGUCCGGGGCAUCAAUCUCUUCCGAUGCACCCUCCUACUUCUCACAGUAUUUCGCCGAUCAGCUGCGCACCGUUGAGGGCGGCGCUGGCAACGUGAAGACGUUGUAUAUAGACCGAGAUCCUGUCACGUUCAAAGACAUUUCGCUCCAUCUCCAGGGCUACUACGUCAAGCCAAGGAGCGCAGAGCAUUUCGUUCGCUUGUUCGCCGAUGCUCAGUUCUACAGCUUACCUCGAUUGACCCAACAACUCUUCAAGUCGGACAUCUUUGUUCAAGUCGGCUCCCGUGACUUCCAGAUCCCGCGGGAGUUGUUCUCAUCUCCUGGCGAUUCUCCCAACUACUUCACGCUGGGUAUUGCUACGUUCCUCAGCACACCCCAAGAUGCCUUCCCGGGCCUCGACAGACAAGCCCUACUGCGCCCGCCACCGGUAUUGCCCCCAUCAGUGCCCAACCGCUCUGCCGAGGUGUUCUCUGAACUACUCAAGUAUUUGCAGGGCUAUCCGGUGAACAUCACGGAUGAGGCACACCGUGCAGAUCUACUGAGAGAUGCACGAUACUUCCACCUUAAGGGACUUGAGCAACGAUUGUUGCCUGUUAAAAUUAGCUUCAAUGCUGCAAGGAACGAAUCAGAGAUAGUGCUUCGACUUGAGGACGUCAGACAGUCAGGAAUAUCUUGUGUACCUAAUCCGAUCCUCACGUCCAGUUCUGCCUCCAGCGAUCCAAGUGAACCGGCCCCCCUUUUGGCCAGUGUUGGUGCACCCCGACCGGGACAUGCCAAAUAUGCGAGGCCUUUUACGAAUGAUCAUCAACACUGUCUUAUUAUCGAGAUGUUAGGCUCGGAGCCAAUGCGUUUAGAUACAUGGAAAAUGCGCGCUACCUUUGAUGAUCCGACCAGCGAGUAUGGCACCCCUACGACUUCGAGAUCGCCAACAACCAAAUCAAGAUUGUUGAGCCUGUUCACAGUUCUAGCGUCAAAGAUGAACCUUCCAGUCACACAGUCGAUCGGCCCCUCGACAGCAAACAAUCGGAGCGGCUCGUCCGCACAAGCGCUCAAUGUAUCGAAUUCAGGGCUGCUAGAUGGCGACAGCAUCAGGUUCGUGAUGGACCAUGACACGUUCAUUGAGGUCGAUGGCAUGGCUGUGAAGCGGGGCGGUGGCAUCACUGAGAGUGAGGAAGAUGCAACUCUCGGAGCAUGGCAAUCAAUCACGCAACCCUCGAAGGACGAUGACGCCUGGACUACGAUUAAACUGCCUCAGGAGUGGAUGGUAAGCCGGGGUCAGUGGCGACUGAGGGUUGAGUGUGCGGAGAGCGGUGCAAUUGAGGCGGUCCUGUGUGCCGUCAGGAUCGAAGCGACCAGCUCCGGUUGGGAAAGGAACAAGCGGCGAGGCUUUCUGGGAUGA